AUGCCCCUGACGAGUGCUGCUGCCGAUGCAUUCGGUGUGGUGACAAUUUGUCUAGUCGCUAUUUUGAUUCUUUUUGGUUUGGUGUGCAUUGUUUACUCAUUUUACUUCCGCUCUCGUGUUCGUAGUCAAGGUUUUUUUCAACUCAGUUAUUUUAGUGGUCCCUGGAUCAUCCGAAUCACAUUCAUCUUGUUUGUAAUCUGGUGGGGUGUUGGUGAAAUUAUACGGUUAAGUUUUUUGAGACGCAAGGGAAGAGUGUUGGAUGCCCUUGACUCCAAAUGGCAGGAAACUGUCUGCAAAGGCUACAUUGUCUCGAAUUUGGGUUUUGCAGAACCUUGCUUAUUACUCACCAUCAUAUUUCUCCUUCGGGCCCCCUUACAGAAGAUGGAAUCGGGAAUUCUCUGUCACAGGUGGAAUGGAAAAACUGCAGUAUGGAUUCUUCUUUAUUGCCUUCCAAUGUUUGUUCUUCAGUUUGUUAUUAUUGUAAUUGGACCGCAAUUACGCAACGAUAAGAGUAGAUUGAAAAGGUUGCCUCACUAUUUUACAACCACUGCAACACAUGGGAUGCAAAAUGCUGCUGCCUCUGAUAUUGCUCUUUGCACUUACCCUUUAUUGAAUACAAUCCUUCUUGGGGUUUUUGCUUCUGCACUAACUGUCUAUCUGUUUUGGCUUGGAAGGCGGAUUCUGAAAUUGGUGAUCAACAAGGGUUUGCAGAAGAGAGUAUACACAUUAAUAUUCUCAGUUUCAAGUUUCCUUCCAUUAAGGGUUCUUUUACUUGGACUAUCUGUUUUAUCUAAACCAGAGCAUUUUCUAUUUGAAGCUCUUGCUUUCUCAGCCUUUCUUGCCCUUUCAUGCUGUGCUGGGGUGUGUAUUGGCUUGCUUGUUUACUAUCCGGUUGCUGAUUCUUUAGCGCUAGGGAAUCUUCGGGAUUUGGAGGCUAGGAGAAGAUAUGCUGAUGAGCACAAUGAAACCAUUUCCCUUGUUGCAAACCAAAGCCCUCCUGAAGAAAGUGGUCGAAUAAGCCCUGGAAGAAACUCUGACGCCUCAACCAAGCGUGGAUCAAUUUCUUUCAGGACUUACCAAAGAGAUGGGACUUCUUCAGGGCCAUUUGUGGAACUGAGCCUUUUUUCACCUAGUCCAGAUGCAACUCCACCAGGUUCACCUUCGCUUCUUGGCUGGCCUAUGCGUCCACUUGUGGACCCAAAAACAGGACAAGGAACUGAGUUCUCAUGA